GAAACAAAUACAAACAAAACAGGUUGGACAAAGUAUGGAUUAGCCUUAUAGACAAAGCCACUGGUGUAUGUGUUGCUGAAACUGAGAAGAGCUUUCUUCUCUCUUCCUAAUGGCUUCUGUUCUUUCCUUAUCUCUUUCCAAACCGAACAUGGUAAAGGCUUGCUCCCCUGCAACAACCACAGUUUCAGUUCCUGAUAACCUUAAUGAGAAAUUCAGCAGAAAAGGCAUUAAGUUUUCACAAUCCGACAACAUUCCAAUGGUUGAGCUAACCGUAAGGAAUGGUAGUUCUUUAAAGCUACAAGUACCUGAUGCUCUUGUUACUUCAUACAAGCCUAAAGUGUACUGGAAAGAUGAUGGCUUUGAGGAGGUUCUUUAUACAAUUCCUGCAAAUGGUUCAGCCUCUACUAGAACCAAAGGAGGGAUCGGUUUGGUCAUCAAUGAUGUAUCAGAGCCUGGUUCAAAAGGGUCACUUCUGCCUGCUGAGUGGACUGUAAAAGAUGUUGAUUCUGAUGCCAUUGAUGCUCUUCAGGUUGAACUGAGCUGCAGCGGUGGAGUACUUGAUCUAAUCUAUGUCGUUACACUAUAUCCAGUAAGCAUGGCUACAGCACUCAUUGUGAAGAACAAAGGGAGGAAGAAUGUGACUCUUACAAAUGCUAUACUUAGCCAUUUCAGGUUCAAAAGGCGAAAUGGGGCAGCAAUCCAAGGUCUCCGAGGCUGUUCUUACUGCUCACACCCUCCUUUAUCGUCGCGUUUUGAAAUAUUAUCACCUGCUGAAGCAAUGAAAACUGAAGAUCCUGGAUUGUUUGCUUUUGGUUAUGAGCCUGAAAAGAAACCGGGUUUGUGGACUUCUCAAGAUAUGCCUUUUACCAUUCUGAACAACAAGCUCAGCAGAGUUUAUGCUGCCCCUCCUAAAGAGAGAUUGAAGGCAUUUUACAACACACCACCUUCAAAAUAUGAAACUCUUGAUCAGGGACGAGAAUUGUUCUUCAGGGUAAUAAGGAUGGGAUUUGAGGAUAUCUACUUAUCAAGCCCUGGUUCUUUCUCAGAAAAAUAUGGGAAGGAAUAUUUCAUAUGCACUGGUCCUGCUUCCAUGUUGGUACCUCUUGUUGUGAAGCCUGGUGAGGAUUGGAGAGGAGCACAAGUUAUAGAGCAUGAUAACUUGUAAUUAAUCUUUCAUAUAAAAUUUCCAUCUUCUUUAAUUCAUUCUUUCAAAUUUUUUUUUUUUUUUUCCUUUCUUUCUCUUUUAUUUUUCAGCCCAUUUUCCUUUUUUUUACUAUGUUCUACACACCAGUUCCUUCAAUCUAUAAAUGAAACUUAAUUUAUGUCCAA